UAUAACAGGCCCAUCGUUCCAGACUGUCUUCUACCGAUUGACGAAUCCGGAGAUCCAUAUUUUACUUAUUUAUUUAAUAUUUCAUAUUCCUAACAAGAUACAAUGGCAACUGCAAAAUUCAAGAGUGCCUCACCUUACACAAAACCACAACCAAGGCCUCCACAGCAGGAUUAUCUUUAUCAAAAGUAUCUGGAGGAUCUGACACUGAGGAAGGAUCUACUCCAUCCUAAAGUAAGACUUGCUCUAUUUGGAAUCGGCCGUGCUGGAACCAUCCAUCUGUCCAAUAUUAUUAGCAGUUCGCGUGUCAAACUGCUCUACAUCGUAGACAAUGUCGAGUCUAAAUGGAUGAGCCUCAAGGAGUACUGGCAACUUGACGAUGUUGUCUUCUUGAACAGCAAACAAGCAGACAAAGUGUACAAUGAUCCUAAUGUGGACGCAGUAGUUGUUGCAUCGCCUACGUACACACAUGAAGACAUUGUAAGGAAAGCUUUGGAGGCGAAGAAGGCAGUGUUCUGUGAGAAGCCGAUCGCCGAGGACAAUGCUAACUCGAUAAAAUGUUACGAGACCGCGAAAAAGGUCGGCAAACCAUUGUUCUGCGCCUUUAACAGGCGAUUCGAUCCCAGCUAUUCUGCUGUUAGGAGCAGAGUGAGGAAUGGAGAGAUUGGACACGUUCAGAUCAUCAAAACUGUCUCUCGUGACUCUCCUCUUCCCAGCAUAGAAUAUUUGAAGAUGUCCGGGGGUAUAUUCCAUGAUUGUAUGGUCCAUGAUAUUGAUAUCAUGACUUGGGUCCUUGGAGAGUACCCUAUCAAGAUUGCUGUCCAGGCACACGCACACAUUCCAGAGAUAAAAGCAAUCGAUGACUUCGACACAGUUGUAGUGUCCUUGUAUUUCCCAUCAGGAACCUUGGGGACCAUCGACUUGUCGCGGAACAGUAGCUUCGGUUAUGAUCAACGCUUGGAGGUGUUUGGCCCCAAGGGUAUGAUCAAAGCAGAUAAUGAACAGCCAAUGCACGGUGUCACAUCCCAAUAUAAUCUCGACGGAUUAACCAGCGCACCAAUAUGGUAUUCGUUCGCCAGCAGAUUCAUGAAUGGCUAUCGCCGAGAGCUGGACCACUUCAUUGACAUUGUACUUGGUAGAGCUGAAUGCUCCGUAUUACCCAAAGAAACUCUAGCUGUGAUUAAAAUCGCGACUGCAUGCCAAGAAUCUGCUCGUACCGGCAAGAUGGUGGAAAUAAAGUGGGCGCCAAACGAGCUACCAUAAAUGAGGUCAUGGUCUAGCGAAUUUUUAUCGUUCCCAUGAUAUUCCACCAUUUUGUAUCUUAUACGAUCGUGAUAGAUUCACAGAAAGUUGAGAUUAUCUUCGCUGAAUCAUGAUUUGCACGCACGAGUGAAAAGACUUAGGUGAAUCUUGUUUGUUACAUGUUUUUUUCCUCUUUUUUUAUCGGUAUAAUAAUAUAAAGAAAAUACAGAAAAAUACCAUAUACCCUAAAUAUAUAGUAAUGAUACAAAAUUCACAUUGUCUGUUAGCAGACUCAAUCAUGAAAGUUUGUAAGAACGAAACAAUAAAAUAUUCCCAAAGUU